UCCCCUUUAGUUUUCAAACAAAUGUAGAGCUUUUUUUUUGUGCCAUGAAAAUUGAAAGGUGCUAGACUAGACGACAUUCCUCUAAACUCCAAUAAGAACACCGGGAUCAGUUCAACAAAAAAUGAACAACGCCGGCAAAAACACAACUCCGACAACGUUCAACCGAAUUGAGUCCCAGCAAAGUCCCCAGAAUCUCACUCCUCAAAUCCCAAACCCUUACCCCAACAAUUUUUCCCAAUCUAAUUCCCACCAUUACCAACUCAUUUCUCAGCAACAGCAAAAUAAUCGCCGUCCCCGAGGUUUCGCCGUCGCUCCCAAUAAUUCAUCCGCCAGUGGAGAUGGUAAAGGAAGGAGAGAGAGGGAAAAAGAGAAGGAACGAACCAAGCUUAGGGAGCGUCAUCGUCGAGCCAUCACAAGCCGCAUGUUAUCUGGACUCCGGCAAUACGGGAGUUUCCCUCUUCCUGCACGGGCCGAUAUGAAUGACGUUCUUGCUGCUCUUGCUCGUGAAGCGGGUUGGAUUGUUGAACCUGAUGGCACUACUUAUCGUGCUACUGCUCCACCACCGCAAAUGGGAGGGCUUCCUGUUAAGUCAUCUGAAAGCCCCCUUUCUGCGAGCUCUCUGAAGAAUCGCUCCAUGAAAGCAUCACUAAACUGUCAGCCAACAGUUCUUGGAAUUGAUGAAAAUUUGUCAAUAGCAUCUCUUGAUUCUGUUAUGGUUACAGAUAUGGAAACAAAAAGUGAGAAAUAUACGAGUACCAGCAAUAUUGAAUCAACUGAUUCUUUGGAGGCACAUCAGUUGAUACAAGAUGCCCAAUCAGAUUUGCGCGAGAAUGAUUGCACUAGCACCCCACAUGUUCCUGUAUAUAUUAAGCUGUCAAGUGGCAUCAUCAACAGUUACUGCCAGCUUCUUGAUCCUGAAGGCAUCAGACAGGAGCUAAAGCAUCUGACAUCAUUGAAUGUGGAUGGUGUCGUGGUGGAUUGUUGGUGGGGGAUUGUUGAAGGAUGGAAUCCGCAAAAGUAUAUGUGGUUGGGAUAUAGAGAGUUAUUCACGAUCAUCCGAGAAUUUCAGCUGAAAGUGCUGGUUGUUUUGGCAUUCCACGAGUAUGGAGGAAGCGAUUCUGGUAAUGUAUUCAUCCCACUUCCCCACUGGGUUUUAGAGAUUGGGAAAGACAACCAAGAGAUAUUCUUCACAGAUCGUGAAGGGCGUAGAAAUACAAAAUGCUUGUCAUGGGGCAUUGACAAAGAACGUGUUUUAAGAGGAAGAACUGGUAUAGAGGUUUACUUCGAUUUUAUGAGGAGCUUCCGUUCAGAGUUUGAUGAUAUGUUUUGUGAAGGACUUAUUACUGCUGUUGAAAUCGGUCUUGGAGCAUCUGGCGAUCUAAAAUAUCCUUCUUUCCCAGAAAGAUUGGGAUGGAGAUAUCCUGGUAUUGGUGAGUUUCAGUGUUAUGACAGAUACAUGCAACAGAAUUUAAGGAAGGCUGCGAACCUGCGCGGGCACUCAUUUUGGGCAAGGGGCCCCGAUAAUGCUGGGAACUAUAAUUCAAAGCCAUCUGAAACAGUUUUUUUUCGUGAAAGAGGUGACUAUGAUAGCUACUUUGGACGUUUUUUUCUGCACUGGUAUGCUCAGAUGUUGAUAGACCAUGCUGAUAAUGUAUUAUCACUGGCGAGACUUACAUUUGAAGAAACACAAAUAGUUGUUAAGAUCCCAGCAGUCUAUUGGUGGUACAAGACCCCUAGCCAUGCAGCAGAACUUACGGCAGGUUUCUAUAACCCCACAAAUCGAGAUGGAUACUCUCCAGUUUUUGACGUUCUUAGGAAGCAUUCUGUUACAGUUAAGUUGGUUUGCCCGAGAUCCCAUGUUCAUUUUCGGGAUAAUGAUGAGUCAUUUGCUGAUCCCGAAGGUUUGAGUUGGCAGAUAUUAAGUGCUGCGUGGGACUGUGGUUUGGUUGUUGCUGGACAAAAUGCAGAUCCAUGUUUCGACAGGGAAGAGCACCUAAGAAUGAUAGAGACUUCAAAGCCAAGAGAUGAUCCUGAUGACCACCAUUUUUCAUUCUUUCAGUAUCAGCUGCCACCCCCUUAUGUUCAGAGAGAAUAUUGUUUCUCAGAGUUGGAUUAUUUCAUCAAAUGCAUGCACGGAGAAAAUGCAUGUCAUGAUUCAUGAAGACCCGGCUCAAGUAUAGUUUAUGAAACUCAUGUUAAUUGAAUAUAUUUAGUCUUCAGCAUGAGCCAGCGUUGACUGCCUUUGGUGGGAAUAUAUGGUACGAUUUGUUGAUCACUAAAAUUUGAUGCAAGUAGUAUGUUCUCCAGGUAGUAUUGCUUGGCACCAUGCUAGUCAUUGUAUGUAUUUUCUCUUAUUACAUACUUCUAUUUUGAAUCCAAGUUCUGUCUUUGAAUUAAUCAUCUUUUUUCUGUUAAAUGUUCUCGACAAGGUUUUUAUAUGAAAAGAGUUCUUGCUACA